AUGCGCUCGGGGCCGGGGACCGGAGUAUCCCGGCCGGGCUCGCGGCACGCGGACACGCUGCGCCCGAUCGCCGAGCGGCCACUGCGGGAGCCCACCCGCACCUGCUCGCGUCCUUCCGGGCGCGUCUCUCUUCCCUCCUUUGCUCGUUGCAUGCAGAACACCACGAGAGAGCACUGCGGACGGAAACCAGGAUAUGACGUGGCCACUGUGCUCGGGAUGGUGAGCGAGAAGAAGAGAGAGACACACAUGGAACUGGUCCGGGCCUGGGGCAGGCUGUGGCAAGCGCAGUUCCAGAAGGGAGGACUGGGAGGCGAGGGAAAUUGGGGUAGACUCGGGGAAGGUCGGGGCAGGGGUGGGGAUGCGCCGCGAGGCGAAGGUGAGAGGAGGAGGAGGACGCUGCCCAGCCUGGCAAUCCAGCCGGUCGGAAACGGCGUGCAGGGCCCCGAGCCGCAGGAGCCAGAGCCAAUUACAAGUUUACGUAAGAGACCCGGACCCUCCCGCCUCCCCGGCUCCGCCCCGCGCCCCCGCCCCGGCGGAUGCGGGGGGGAUCGCCCUCGGAAGCGGGCUGGGAUGGAGAACGUCUUGUCGACCCAGGACGGAGGCUGUCUUUUCUGCCUGCUUGCGGGAGAAACUUCUUGGGCGGCGCUUCGGUGCUCUGGAAUCCUCGGGCGCCCCCAGACCUUCCUGCGAAUCCGGGGCGGGAGCCGGAGGCGGAGGCGUGCCGGGCGCGGUGAGCUCGCCGGCGUUUAUGUAACCGCGGCCCCUCGCGGAGGACCGUGCGAGGCACCGAGUCACGGGCGCGGCGGGGCCGGCCCGGCCUCGCCCGCCUGCGGGACCCGUCGGAGGACGCGCCCGGAGUCGGCGCGGGCCCGUUUACCCGGAGGCGGGAGGCUCGUGAUCGGCGUCCGACGUUAUCAACCCCGGGUGACAUCUGAUGCGGGCCAACCAGCUCGGUCCUCCGGGACGCGGCCGCCUGGAUGGCGGAGGACCCGAGUGAAAGCCGCCCCGGCCGCCUCCGGAUUUUGGUGGAACCGGAGGCGUCUGUGCUGA